GAAAGACUGCAAGAAGAAAGAAGAGUCCUUCUUUGUCUUGCAGCUGCUUUUUAACUUCAGUGUCACGUUCCCCCCACAAACAAGGUCUGUAAAAUGAACUCCACAGCAGCAGCAGCAGCAGCAGCAGCAGAAGACACCAAGCCCGCUGCAGCCGAGUUGGACCAGAAGGAGAGCAGAAAGUUCAAGAGCAAAGCGCCCCAGCGAGGACAGAAAGGAGUUCACCACGACUCGGCCACAGAAGCCCUUGAUGACUCAGCGGUGGUCUGUCCCUGGGAGGAGUACGGAGACGUGGAGCUGAGCGAGAUGGCUCAGUUUGGAACCGUUUAG